AUGUUCACUGACUAUGACAAUCCAAUGAAAACAAUUGAUCCAAGUAUAUUUAUGCUGAGAGGAUUUUUUUACGCAAUAACCAGGAUACAAGGUAGUUAUGCCGCUGCAAAACUCUUCUCUGGUUGUAUCUUGAGAGAUACGAUUAACGGGCAUUCGAUCCUAGUCAACACUGUCGAGGUCUAUGGUUGCAUCAAUAAUCCCAACAUUUACAGCGAAUCAUUUGGUAAAGUGAAGGAUGGUGUAGUAGCCACAUCGCUCCCUUCUACCACCUUCAAACCAUUGUACCCUGGAGUUUUGUCCGCAACAUUACAAAAGUUUGAUGGCAUGAAAUUGAUUAUUGGCAUACGUACAUCCAAUGUGCUUGUGGCAUCAAGAAUCCGCCUAGACACCAAAGAGGACCUUCUCGUUGGCUCUGUCAAUUUGGGAUUUCAGUUGAUGACUUUCAAGGAUUCAAUGAUAACCAAGCUACGACAACUGAGAUCCAGGUUUGACAAACCUAGUGGAUACACCCUGUGCCGUGCCUCUGGUUCGCUUACAGACGUGAAUGUAUGCCAGACAUUCAUUACUUUUACAUUGGCUGAUUAUGAUAAGGGUCGGGAUACAGGGGCUAAUCUCUUUCGCUUGAUUGAGAUCCUUGUGUUAAAACAUGGCCAAGCAGCGUUGCCUUCCAAGGUCAAGUGCCAAAGAUGCUAUCCAGAAAUCCACGGGCAAAAUUCAAAUAAUCCUUUGAUCAAUGCUAUAUCUGUAUCCCCUUGA